UAAAUAUUGCUAUAAAAUAAAAUAUAAAUUUACAUGCAUAACAAUUUAUUCAUUAAAAUAAUUCAUUUUUAGGUGCGAAGGCACGUCAUCUCUGCUAGUCCUUAAAAAAGUAGAUGCAUUUUUGUAAUUUCUUUGUCUGUUUAUGUUCAUGUCCGAAUCAAUGCCGGCCUUCUGCAUUGAUCUCUCCAUCCUUUUGUCCUCUAAUAGCGAAAUGAUUCUCUAAUUUUUGCCUUAAAAGAGCAGUCUAUUGCUUCAUCUCUGCAUAAUUAGCAUCUUCUUAAAAAUUGGCAGAAAACGGCGUUUUAAUUUGUUGAAAUGAAUAUGCUGUUUCCUUUGAUCAUUUUCAUGCAGAUUCUUGCUCGUGCACUCUCUCAUGAGAGUGUAGAUGUUCUUGAAUCAUGCCUGCUUGAUCACAGUGUGUUUAACUUCUCUCUUCAUCCGAAUUCGGGAAAUGAUCCCAACACUUACUUGAGCUUGCUGGAUUUCUCCAUUCAAAACUUGCGGUUUGCGGGGGCCGAGGCCCCCAAGCCGGCUGCCAUCGUCAUGCCGGAGAGCAGGCGGCAGCUGGUGGCCGCCGUCGUGUGCUGCCGGCUGGGGUCGUGGGAGAUCAGGGUGAGGAGCGGUGGCCACAGCUAUGAGGGCACGUCGUAUAUGGCCGGGGACGGGCGGGCGUUCGUGGUGAUCGAUAUGAUGAAUCUCGACCGCGUGUCCGUGGAUUUGGAGGCGGAGGUGGCUUGGGUGGAAGGCGGGGCGACGCUGGGCCAGACGUACUUUUCUAUCUCUGAGUCGAGCCGGUCGCACGGGUUCUCCGCGGGGUCGUGCCCCACGGUGGGGGUCGGGGGCCACGUCGGAGGGGGCGGGUUCGGCCUGCUGUCGAGGAAGUACGGCCUGGCCGCGGACAAUGUGGCGGACGCGCUCCUCGUGGACGCGGAGGGGCGGGUGCUGGACCGGGCGGGGAUGGGGGAGGACGUGUUCUGGGCCAUCCGCGGGGGCGGGGGAGGGAACUGGGGCGUGGUGUACGCCUGGAAAGUCCGGUUGUCGAGGGUGCCGGAGCGAGUGACGGGUUUUAUUGUGUCGAGGGCCGGAUCCGAAGCUCGCAUGCUGAACCUGGUCAACAGGUGGCAGCAUGUGGCCCCGGAGCUGGACGACGGGUUUUACCUGUCGUCCUUCCUGGGGGCCUCUCUCCCCGAGGCUAAAGCCCCGGGGAUCACGGCCACGUUCAAAGGGUUUUAUUUAGGAUCAAAAGAGGAAACUCUGAUGAUCUUGAAUGAGACAUUCCCCGAAUUGGAAAUCUCGGAGGGGGAAUGCAGUGAGAUGGGCUGGAUCGAGUCCGUUCUCUACUUCUCAGGGCUCGAAAUCGGGAGCCCGAUUUCGAGCCUAAAAGAUAGGUUUUUGAAGAGCAAGAACUACUUCAAGGGCAAAUCAGACUAUGUGAGAGCUCCAAUUCCCAUCAAUGGAAUCAAGUCUUUAAUCAAAAUUCUACUCAAGGAGCCAAAAGGGUAUGUGAUUCUAGACCCUUAUGGUGGAGCCAUGCACAAAAUAAGCAGUGAAUCCAUAGCUUUCCCUCAUAGAAAAGGCAACAUUUUCACAAUCCAAUAUCUUGUUGAUUGGGAUGAAGUUGACAAUGGCAAGAGCCAAGACUACAUAGCUUGGAUUAGGGGGCUCUACACGGCGAUGGCGCCCUUCGUCUCGUCCGAGCCGAGGGCGGCCUAUGUCAACUACAUGGAUCUUGAUCUUGGUUUUGAAGGCAUGAUGAGUGUUGAGGUAGAUGAUGAUGCUGUUGAGGUUGCAAGAACUUGGGGUGAGAAGUACUUCUUGAAAAACUAUGAUAGGCUUGUGAGAGCCAAGACCAAGAUAGAUCCUCUCAAUGUGUUUAGGAAUCAGCAGGGGAUUCCUCCAAUGCCACCUUCUGCAUCCAAACAAAUGUAAAAAGAAUUGCUUAAUUUUGAGUGUUUUGAUCAGUUUUGUGA